CCGAUAUUCAGAUCAUGUAAUUACGUGAUAUGGGAGAUUGAAAACAGCAUUUUUCGAGUGAAAAUCCCAUAAACCCUACAAAUCUUCGGCACACCACAGGAAUCGUUAAUGGCGGACGAGCCGUCGUUCCACGAGGAAUUCGCCGAUGCUGACAAUGCAGAUUCCGACGAGAUCGCUGAUCUCCAUCAAAAGAGCAGCGAUCUCGAGGAGGAGAAUCGCAAUAUCAUUCAGGAAAACAUGGAUUACCUGCAAAGAAUAAACGAUCUCACGGCAUCUGUCGACGAAUUGAGCUCCGGAGUUGCCGAUCUGAAGAAUCAAACGGAUCUCGAAGGCGAGAUUUCGAGGGCGGAAUUUUCCGGAUUGAAGAGCCAAUUGGAUGGUAGAGAUGAGAAUUCGAGGUCGUGAAAGGGGGAUGAUUUGGCGGUGAAGAUGGAGGAGGAAAUCGGCGCUCUGCAGGGGUGCUUGGAUGAGAAGGAGAGGGUGAUUAGGGAGCUGUGGUGUGAGGCAAAGGGAGUCGAUGCUUGUGGGCGGCACAGCCAUUGCCACUGCUGCUGCUGUCAUAUGCUAAAACAUUGAUUUGUGUUGACUAGAGUUUCAGUGUUGGAUAAUUUUUGCUUUUGGUGUGGUGACACUUAAUGCUAAAUAAUGCACUUAUUUUAACCCAAUGAGUAUGGUUGAAUGGGAGACUCGUCCAUCAAAGCAGCUUUAAAUCUCUGUCCCACUCUUUGAGUUGCCUACAAAUCAAC